AAUUAUCUUGCAAAAUGCAGAGUCCCCAGACCUUGGUUGACCUAGGCUCCUUGGCACCCUCAGGCCCUGAACUAUGGAAAAAAUUCUGCCAAGGCUUCAGAGUUGCCUGAGUGUAGGAUUUUCCAAAGCCAAUAUAAUAUCAUCUUGAUGAUAUUAUCCCAGGAGAGGAGAAACGACUGAGAAAUUCCCCAAGCCCAUAAAGGUGACAAGAAAGUUGCUCCAUGUGGUGACAUAGACAGCGCCGGGUGUCUGGCUUUAUAAAAGGCACGGACAGCGAGGGAGAGCUCAGAACCCUUCUCCUCUUCCUCUGGCUUCAUCUCCUCCAGCCUUGACUCACUAUGACCUGUGGAUCGGCUUGCUUUAGCUCCCGCAGUGGAGGCCGCAAUUCCAGCUCCUCUGUGACCACUCAAAGGUACUGUCCUGGUCGCACCUUCAGCUGCGUCUCGGCCGGCGGAUCCAGGCCCAGCCGCUGCUGCGUCACGGCUGCUCCUUACCGCGGUGUCUCCUGUUACCGUGGUCUCACCGGGGGCUUCAGCAGUCGCAGUGUCUGCGGGGGCUCCCGUGCUGGUUCCAGCAGCCACAGCUUUGGGUACCGCUCUGGCGGCUCCAGCCCUCCCUGCAUCACCUCCGUGUCAGUCAACCAGAGCCUCCUCAAGCCCCUCAACCUGGAGAUCGACCACAAUGCACAGCGCGUAAAGAACCAGGAGAAGGAGCAGAUCAAGAGCCUCAAUAGCAAGUUUGCUGCCUUCAUUGACAAGGUGCGCUUCCUGGAGCAGCAGAACAAGCUGCUGGAGACCAAGUGGCAAUUGUACCAGAACCAGCGCUGCUGUGAGAGCAACCUGGGGCCCCUGUUCAAUGGCUACAUCGAGACACUGAGGCGGGAGGCUGAGCGUGUGGAGGCCGACACCGGGAGGCUGGCCUCAGAGCUCAACCACGUGCAGGAGGUGCUGGAGGGCUACAAGAAGAAGUAUGAAGAGGAGGUCGCCCUGAAGACCACGGCAGAGAAUGAGUUUGUCAAAAUCAAGCAGGAGGUUAACCAUGUCUAUGUGCGCAAGGGAGAUCUGGAGGCCAACGCACAAAGCCUGGUAGAGGAGGUGGGCUUCCUGAAGACCCUGUAUGAAGAGGAGUUGAGAGUCAUUCAAGCCCACAUCUCAGACACCUCGGUCAUCGUCAAGAUGGACAAUAGCAGGUACCUGAACAUGGACAGCAUUAUCGCCGAGAUCAAGGCUCACUAUGAUGAAAUCGCCAGCCGUAGCCGGGCCGAGGCUGAGAGCUGGUACCGCAGCAAGUAUGAAGAGAUCAAGGCCACAGUGAAUCGGCAUGGGGAGACUCUGCGCCGCACCAAGGAGGAGAUCAGUGAGCUCAACCGCCUGAUCCAGAGGCUGACAGCUGAGAUUGAAAAUGCUAAGAGCCAGAACUCCAAGCUGGAGGCCGCAGUGACCCAGGCGGAGCAGCAGGGCGAGGCGGCCCUUAAUGAUGCCCGGGGCAAGCUGGCGGGGCUGGAGAAAGCCCUGCAGAACGCCAAGCAGGACAUGGCCAGCCUGCUCAAGCAGUACCAGGAGGUGAUGAGCUCCAAGCUGGGCCUGGACAUCGAGAUCGCCACCUACAGGCGCCUGCUGGAGGGCGAGGAGCAGAGGCUGUGUGAAGGCAUCAGUGCUGUGAAUGUCAGUGUGAGCAGCUCCCGGGGUGGAGUUGUAUGUGGUGAUCUCUCAGGCACCCGUACCUGUGGCAUCAGUUCCUAUGGGGUGGGAGCCUGUGGCAGCAGCUAUAAGAAGUGUUGAGUUGGCAAGACUUGAGGAGGCACCCAAGCCCCAGCCCAUCUCACCCUCUCCGAGCCUCCCAGCUGGCCUGUCUGCCCAACCCUACCAUGUGCAACCCAUCAUUCUGACACACCUUCUCUACUGUCCACCUUUCAAUUCUUGUGUGGGAAACCCUUCCUCCCCUCCUUGUCUCCUGCUUGCCUCUGGCUGAGAAAGGCUGCUGGGAGGAGUGAUCCAUGGAUGAAGUCUAUUUGAGGAUUCUGGGCACUCUGAUCCCAUGAAGAGGACGACACCUAAGUCCCCCUCCCACCUUUCUUUCCCUUGCAUUCUUGAAUGUUCAUCAUUCCCUUUCCCAAAUCUUGUUUCCUCCUUGCUAACUGUGCUUAGAAUAAAGUAAUCUAG